AACCCUCUAUUAUAAAGUGAACUUGUUUCGGGUGGAUGUUUUCAGUGCAAAUUUGUACGUACUAGCAUUUAGUAGCGCGGGCUCGCGUGCAAGUGAAGUGACGUUGAGAGUCUACCGACAGCUUUUCUUGCAGACGGCGGUACAAAGCGGCAGCUGACGAUCGGCAGUGGGAUCAGUUAAGACGGGACCGAGGGCGGACGUGAGUGAUCAUGUGUGAUGUGUGAUAAAGUGACACAGAAAUCGUUCUUAAGCUGAUUUGACAGUGGAGAGCGCUUUCCAGAAAAUGAACCGUAGUGAAAAGCGAAAGUGAACCUCGACCUACCUUUUGGUGAAAUGCAACUCUCCACAUGAUCAAGUGAUACAGUGAUACGAUACGCCGAAACGAAGAACACUUACAUCAUCUCCCGAUCCAGAUCCAGUUCGACCAGGUCUUGAUCACUGCUGCUAACUCAGCUGCUGUCUGUCUCUCAUCUUCCUUCCAACAUCCUGAUCAUCUCGCUGGGCACCUCAUAAUGCCACCGUUAGCGACAUGCUUUCUCCUGUUCCUUUUGGUGCUUGCCUACCACAGCGGUGUUUCGGCGAAAGGAAUCAAGCAGAAGCGCCUCGUCAUCGAUCUGAGAGAUCCGCUGCUGACCGAUCCCUCCUCCGUUUACUUCCCACGCCCGACCGUACUCCCGUCCACCUACACAUCUCCCCCAACGUUCUACGGAUCUUCGUCCCAUGCGGGCAUCGCACCGUACAGUCACGGCCAUUCGCGGGUAGUGUCACCGCUGAAACCGACCACCCUGUUCAAUGAGAAUCUGUUCCAGUACUCCAACUAUGGGUCACCGUUUCCCUUCCUGACCGGCAAUCAUCUGAGCUUGGGCGAUGAGGAAACGUACAUUGCCGACGGUCGCAUCCUCAAGCAGUACGCCGUGAUGGAGUUCCACGCGGAGGAACACGAACGCAAUCAGUACCAUCAGCAGCAGCUGCUGCAAGGUUCCGGUGCGUUCCGUACACCGGCCGGAACACCGUACCCGACGACGACUUCCUACUUCGGCAAGUUCCCUGCGCCGUACGACCCACUGUACAGUACGUCCUUUAGCCAACCGCUGCCGCCACAGCUUCCACCGGUCCAACUGAGCAGCUUUAAUCCCCGGUUCGGUGUACAGCACGAACAUCAGCGAUCGCCCCUGCUGACGAAGAACCAUGGUCCGAUCGCACUGGGGUCCGGUUCGCUCGGUUACAUACACGGUCCGAACGGUGUUACCGUAGGGUCCGGUUCGCUUGGCUACAUUAGCCACCAGCAGCACCGGGAAACGUUGGCCGAGCUGAUCGAGCGCAAAAAAUCGAAACACCUGCCAAGCCCACUGACCUUUGGCCAUAAUCAUAACUGAUGAAUCCGAGCGGCACCGAUCGAUCCGAGACCCCCCUUGCCAAACACCGGGGUGCUGCCGGGUGCGCCAUACGACAAUUUGUUGGAGUGUAGAAUGUGUAUCGUUAGGUCCGUUAGAGGCGUGUGUGCUUGUGCUUGUGUGUGUGUACAGAGAAAGGGCAAGGAAGCUGUAAUGUAAAUAUCGAACGAAAUGGGCGGCGUGCCCUGCCUAUUCCUAUUGCGGCGCGGCAGCCCGCUUCACUGUUUAGUGGCGAAUUCGUUAUCUUUCUCGUUGUUAAUAAAGUGUAAACUAAACUAUUUAAACCAUUAAA